AAAAAUGACAGGCCAAAGCGUGAGCUUGCGACUCACCAGGCUUUUGAAAGUUGUGCUUUUGAGUCUACUGUUCGUCUUUAUUGUACUAAUUCUUGUGGCUACUGUCAGGACAAUUUCGCUAGAUGUGAGUACAAGCUUAAAAUUGGCGAAAUGGGAGAGAACGGAGCACAUCCCUCCCAAUAUAACAUCAGAAUAUAGAGAGCGUCUCAUUUCUAAUUUCAAAGAGGCGAUUCGGAUUCCUACCGUGUCCUUCUCAGAAAAAAACAUCAACACUACAGCACUGGAUGAGUUCUAUGGACUGAUGAGAAAAGCUUUCCCUACGUUAUUCUCGUCCCACCUGGUGUUGCAUGAAGUAGUGGCCAACUACAGCCACCUCUUCUGGGUGCCAGGCACUGACCUGUCCCUCGAGCCAUACAUGCUCCUCGCGCACAUUGACGUGGUGCCAGCCAAUGAGAGCGACGGCUGGGAUGCGCCUCCCUUCUCUGCCCAGGAGAUUGAUGGCUUCAUCUAUGGCAGAGGGACCAUUGAUAAUAAGCAAUCUGUCAUGGGGAUUCUAGAGGCGCUGGAGUACCUUCUGGCGAGAGGCUACAUGCCAAGGAGAGGCUUCUAUGUGGGCCUUGGGCACGAUGAGGAGGUGAGUGGCUUGCAAGGUGCUGUGAACAUCGUGAAGGCCCUGAAGGAGCGUGGCGUGGAGCUGGAGUUCGUGCUGGAUGAGGGCCUGGCGGUGCUGGACGGCAUCAUCAGCGGACUGCAAGGACCCGCAGCACUGAUUGGGAUCAGUGAGAAGGGUGCGGCCACGGUGAAGCUGAGUGUCACCACCCCCACUGGCCACUCCUCCAUGCCACCUCCAGAGGGAAGCAUUGGCAUCCUCGCCGCCGCCAUCAAACGGCUGGAGGAUAACCCGAUGCCCAGGCUCUUUGGCGAAGGCCCUGAACGUGGAACAUUCGAGCAUCUGGCUCAAAGUUUUGGCCUACCACUCAGAUUCAUCAUGUCCAACCUGUGGCUGUUUAGCCCUCUGCUGAGCAGAGUAAUGGAGAGGCGGCCUGACACCAAUGCUUUUGUACGGACGACUACGGCGAUCACCAUGUUCAACGCUGGCGUCAAGGUGAACGUGCUGCCUUCUUAUGCUGAGGCUGUGGUGAAUCUCCGUAUCCACUCGGCACAGUCGCUUCAGGAGGUGCUGGACAUGAUUGAGGGCACGGUGGCAGACGAGCGUGUGAAGAUCGAGCUCCUAGACGGCUUCGACCCCUUACCCGUCAGCUCCUUCAGCUCCAAAGCCUUCGGGUACCAGGUCAUCAAGCGCACGGUGCUGGACAUGUUCCCACAGGUGGCCAUCGCGCCAGGUGUUUGUGUAGGCAACACAGACAGCCGCCACUACACGGAUCUGACUAAAGACAUCUACCGCUUUGCUCCCACGUGGUUCAAGCCUGGAGACCCUAAGAGGUUCCACGGCAUCAAUGAGAGAAUAUCCAUCAAGAACUACGAGGAACUCGUAGUGUUCUACAUCAAACUAUUCCAGAACUGUGACAUCAGAGAUCUGCCCUUGCCCCACAGUGCUGGACACGAGCUCUGAAAGUCUGGGUAUCUCUGUUUUUAUUUUCAAUACAUCAAUAUUUGGGAGAUGUGUUUUUGGGGAGUUGAAACUAGCCUGGUAUGACCCACCCAUAAUACUGCUCUUCAUUCGUAUUCAUGGUCUGGAGGUUCUUUGACCUGACAUGAUUAGAAGGGCGGGAGGAUUGCACUCAGUUCUGUUUUGAAACGAUUGGACAGCUCUCACCCAAUCGUUUGCUUAUUGGCCAGCCGCCUGGUAGCCGACUAAACCCUCCCCAGAAAAGAACCUCCAGACCAUGAAUAUGAAUGAAGAGAAGUAUUAUGGGCGGGUCACCAGGCAAAGUUGAAUCCCCACUUUAUUUGUAUUUCUAUGGUAUGUCCAUGUUUGAUAUUUGGUCUGUUGGUCUCCCUUAAAAUCUGGAAACACAUUUAUGUGCUUUAUUCCUGCCGUCUUGUUUUUGUUUUAAAUCAUUAUGCUGGAGAUAAAUCCAUUCAUAAACGCAGCGUCUCAGACCUGGAUGGUACUUGCAAAAGCAAUAUUGGGUGAUUAAAUAAUGUGCUGUUUUUGGUGGCACAAAUGUAAACCUGAAACCUGUGAGGUAGGUUAAAGGUUUUGAAACGAGAUUUCCUUCUCCCCCCAAUUUAUCUGUGCAGUCCAGCCAUGGUAUGACCAGAGACAGUAAGAUUAUCCCCCUUCUGUAUCCACUCUGGUAUGACAAUAUAAUCGUACAAGUGGUAUGUAUGUAUGUUGACCUCUGAACCACUGGUGUGGAGAGUUAUGGUACGGAGAUGGGAGUUACUUAUGCACUGAUGUUACUAUAAGGUCCAUAAGAAUCUCACACAGCCCACAGCCACAGGUCCUAAAGAAGCAGCGUUGAUGUCUUAUUGAUUGAGACCAAUAGAAUAAUUGAAAUGAGUAUAGUGAUUGGUAACCUGGAUUCAGAAGCUACAAUCUAGUGACGCAAAAGGUCUGGUUUUACUCAACCAAAUAAGAGAGGUAUCAAGCCCGCACCAAACUCAAUAUUUUUAAAAGGGGGUUAAAAUUGAGCAUGCUCUUAAUACUCAAAGCAAAUCUAUGGUAGCUCAUAUGUGCCUGCAGAUAUUCUGUAGUUUAUGAGUGGGAGAUGUUACACUGGCUACAGAUUUGACCCCUGGGCCUGAGUUUGACAUCCCUGACAUAGGGCAUUUGGACAGGAAGAACCAUGUCAUGUAGAACAUGUGGCACUAGAUGGAAGCUUCUGAUUACAAGUUCCCCUCAUUGAUGCCCACUGUACUACUGAAAUGUCCAGUUUUGUGUUCCAAAUGUAUGUUGUUAUUUACAUAUGUGUCAGGAGAGUAAAUUCUACCUGUGAGCCUGAAAAAAAAACCUUUAUCCCAUUUAAAAACCACAUGUGAUUAUGUUUUGAUUUGCUACUGUACCUGCUGUCUCAGGUUGAAAAGUAUUAUGUAUAUGUAUGUACGGUACUUAAUUGCACUGUUAUUUUAAUUUUUUGGUAAUGUCAAUGUGUACAUAUUCAUGGUUUUUGUGGUUUAAUUGUCCAUCAUUUCAAAUGCCGAAUGUCUGUGUUAGGGAGAGGAGUAGAUGAACAUUUUGUAGCUCUCUUUCUGUUUUCGCACAAAUAAAUAAUUGAAUAAAUUUUACAGUGGAGAACAUUA